AUGUCCUUUACAUCCAUCCCCAUCCUCGACCUGGCUCAGGCCUCAGACCCAGCGACGAAACCGCAGUUCCUCGCCGAGCUGCGCCAUGCCCUCAUGGAAGUCGGGUUUUUGUAUCUUAAAAACGUCGGCAUCCCAGAUGAGCUCUUCAAACAAGUCAUCCGCGAGGGCAAAGCCUUUUUUGACAUUCCCGAAGAAGAAAAACUCAAAAUCGAAAUGAAAAACGCCCCCUCCUUCCUGGGCUACUCCCGUCUCUCUGCCGAGAUCACCGCCGGUGGGAUCGACCACCGCGAGCAGAUCGACUUGUCUACUGAGCACCCCCUCCCCGGCCCCGACGCCCCCUUAUACGACAACCUCCUCGCGCCUAACCAGUGGCCCUCUUCAUCCAUCUUGCCCAACUUCCGGGAGACAUUCACCGAGUACAUGAACCGCAUGGGGGAGAUAUCCAUUUCCUUCACCUCCCUCAUUGCCGAGGCCAUCGACCUCCCUCCCGACGCAUUCAACAAGUACUUUGACGGCCCUGGCUUCGGCGGGAGACAAAACCAAACGCAGCAACACAAGCUCAAGAUUGUAAAGUACCCCGACGUGGGCACGUUGGGGAGCGGGAAGGGAAAUCAAGGGGUUGGGCCGCACAAGGAUAGUAUGCUGAGUAGUUACUUGCUGCAGGCUAGUCAGCACAGGGGAUUGCAGGUGCAGAAUAUGAGGGGGGAGUGGAUUGAUUGCCCUCCUAUUGACGGGACGCUUGUCGUGGCGAUAGGGCAGGGGCUGGAGGCGCUCACUCAGGGGGUUUGUGUGAGUACUACGCACAGGGUCUUGUCUCCGGAGGCGGGCAAAGGGGCGAGGUAUAGCAUUCCUUUCUUUCAGGGCGUGAGCGGGGACGCAGAGUUUGAGGAUUUGGAGAAUGUGGGGGUGGGACAGGUGAAGGAGGAGAUCAAGGAACUGAGGAGGAGGGUGCUGGAGGAGAAUGGGGGAAGAUUGGAUGAUGUUGAGUUUACGUUUAGGAAGGGAGGGGUGGCCAAGACGUUGGGGGAGGCGACGUUGAGGAACCGGGUCAAGAGCCAUCAGGAUGUGGGUGAGAUUUGGUAUCCGGACAUUUUGGAGAGCGUGAGGGCUGAGCAGGCUGCGUUGGCGAGGAAGAAGAGUCCCGUCGUGGAGGCGGUGCCCAUUGUAGGCGAGGGGAAGGCUGUGGAGGCUCAUUAA